CAACCUCAAUGGAAGAGUCUCGAGAUGAGUGUCUGGUACCUGAAUCCCUAGGCGGGUCAGGCAUGUACGAGAACGUUGAUGACGCUCUAUUCGAAGAUCUAGUAGAGCAACAACAGUACCGUGAUGCGCCCCACAGAUUAAUCAGUCGCACUAGUGGUACUAGCGAGCAUAGUGAGACCAGCACCACUCCUCUAAACUUUGCGAGUGCCUCGCCAUCAGGCAGACGUAGAGGAUCUGGAGGGGGGCUCUUGGCACACCCUGGUAGCACUCUAUCGCCCUAUGAGAACGACGACGACAGGCAGGAACCGGGCCACUUGGAUACGCCCGCGAGCGAUAUACAGUUGCUGGAUGACACAUACAGACACGGAACAGCUGGAAGGGGACGUACCACAGUACACGAGCCGCUGAAUGCGCAUAGAAUAUAAGCUCACACAGAGCGAUGCCCGAGCGAAGACGGAGGAGACGGUUCACCGGAGGCUUGGGGCAUUGGCUUGUUGUUUGCAACAGUUAUACUUAGAAAUAUAAGUGCGGGGGUAUGCCUCGUACAGAAAGAAAGAAACAAAGAAAAACGAAAUUAAAAUAAGUGGUUGAUCCAUCCACAACUUCAUUUACC